AGAAGCUUUGCUUUCAUAAUCCGUUUUCUUUAACAAUAAGACUAAAACUCAGUUGAAGCUAUAUCUCUCCUCUUUCCCCAAUCAAUAGAUGAGUUAUGAACACUUCUCCACUGAUCUUUGUUCGUUCUUUCUACAAUGCAGAUCGCCAUUGUUCCUUCUCUCUUCCUUCUCCUCUUCUCACCGUUCUCUUUCGCAAUCCAAGGUUAUGAACCAGUUCCGGCGCCGUAUUCCGGUGAAGAUGUCUGGACGGGAUCGGUUGUACCCUCUCCAUAUGCAACAGUUCCAUCUCUCCCACUAGCAAAGUCUCCAGAGCCCGGGGUUUACGAGCAUGAAGACAUAUAUGAAGGAGCUGAUAGAACUCCGGCGCCAGCUCCGACAAAAGAAGAAUAUCCUCGAGAAGUUGAAGAGCCCAGCGAAAGUCCAAUAAGCCCUUCACCGUCGUCGGAAGAAAUUAUUCUGGGAACGGUGAAAUGGUGCGCGGUAAGAGAUGAAUAUGUGGACUGCCAGUACUAUAUCAGCCUCCUAAGGCCUACCAAUGGUUACAUUUGGAUAUGUGUUAGAAGAGAAACGGUUCAAGAAUGUCUGGAUUCAAUUAAGGAAGGGGAAGCGGAUUUAGUAAACUUAGAUGCAGGCUUGGCUUAUAUUGCAUUCAUGAAAUACUCAAUGAAAGCCAUUGCAAAUGAAGUCUAUUGUAAUCAUGCUGAAAGCUUUGAUGCUGUUGCAGUGGUAAACAGGAUGGUUUGUGAGAAUAAAGGGAGUACUAGUUUGUUGGAUUUCAAAGGAAAAAGGUCUUGCCAUGGAGGUUAUUCAACUGCCACGGGGUGGAACUACCCUGUUACUCAUCUCAAACAAUUAUUUGAUUCCGAAGAAUUGAAUGAUAAGGAGAUGGUCACAGAGUUCUUCUCUGGGGUUUGUGCACCUUCAGAAUUUAAAGGGACGGGAUUGUGUAGUGGGUGUGGGAACGAGAACGGAUCAUGUCACAUGAGUAGCUUUUACUCGGGUCAUGAAGGAGCAUUUCGGUGCCUUGUUGAGGAUUUAGGGGAUGUUGCAUUCGUCAGAGCAGAAACUGCAUUACUCUACUCUAUGGAGGGCCCACAUAAUCAGACAUGGUCAACAAAAUCCUUCAAUGAUUUCAUGUAUCUUUGUCCACAGGGAGGCUGUAGGGAAAUCAAUGGCUAUCCUGGAGACUGUUCGUUUGGAACUGUUCCUGCAAAUGUUAUAAUGACAAGUAACUACAUUUCUAACGAGAAGAGGUUAGCAGUUUUGGAUACCCUGAUUAAUGGAAGCUGGAAUGAUGUUCUCUACACAGGAAAAAAUGGCGCUGGACACAUGCUUAGUACCAGUACUCAAGGAUUAGCUGCAAUCAAGAAAGUCACACGAUCAUACCUAGGGACAUCAGCUUCCAUUUCACAAAGCAUACAAGAAUUAAAUACAGAAGAUGCACAAGUCAUCCCAUAUACAGGAAAUUCAAUUUCAGAUUCUCCUUCUUCAUCAUCGUAUAUUCAUCAUUCAAUGGCUAUCACUGUGUUCUUGAUCAUACUCGAUCUCAUGCUUUCAGCACUCUCUACACGAGGACAAUGAAGAUCAUGGAUGCUUUUAUGUCUUUUAAUGGAAAUGUAAU